CAAAAAUGGCGGCCCCCGUCGUUCACUUCUGCUUAAGAUGGCGGUGCCACGUAGGUUAAAGGGCGAGUUGAAAUGACAAAACUUCAUGGUCCUCUCUCCGACGCAACAUAGUUUGGCUGAAACCAACUCCACCAAGUGUUUGAAAAGGCCCUAAAACGUCCACUGGGGUAUGUUGUGUAAGAAGCAGAAGAGCAAAAGUGCACGGCACGUUUCCGGAAGGAUCGCCCGGCGCCUUCACUGCCCCCAUGUGGCGCAGCGCGAGCGCCGCCCUUUCCGCUUGCUGCUCGGCUUCGUUUCGAGGUUUUACCUUACACAUGAAAUGGCAGAAACAGCUGAGGAGAACAAGGAGGACUGCUUGCUAUCUCCUGAACCCAACCUGGAGCUGUGGGUUAUCAGAGCAGCUGGAGAAAGACACCUGAAAGUAGGGCUGGGAGAUUUAAGGAAAAGAGAGAGAGAGAGACAGCGGGCUCAGGAGGACUACUCCAUCUCAGGCGCCGCUGAACACCGCCACCGCCCCGCGCGCGCGCCCCCGGCGACCUCCACCCCGGUCGGUCCAGGGGCUCCGGGUCUGUCCCUGCCCUCGCGCCUCAGAAGGGGCAGGGGCCCCGGGUCUGCGCGCCCCCGCGCUCCCUCCCCGCCGCAGCUCUCGGACCCCGGUGGGGCCCCUGGCCCUGCAGUGCUUCCCGCGGCUACGGUGCUGGGUGCUUCUGCGCCGUCUCCGCAGGACGCUUCCGCGCCCCAGAAUCUUCCACCUACCUUUCCCGGGGCGCGCGUACCGCGGCUCCCCCGCGUCAGCUUACCUUCAGACUCUGCCCGCAGACCCGCGACGCCGCCCCUCCUACCGCACCCGCGUGGUUUCUCCUGCAUGUAGAGGUCCAGACACGUAUCCCUA